AUGCCUCUAUUGAAAAGAAAAGCCUUUGAGAAAUCGAAUGUGUCGGAAUAUCUAAGGGACGACGAUGAGGUGUUCCACUGCGAGAUCACCGACGAAAUAUUCAAGGAUUAUGAAGAAUACUGCGAAAGGAUCAUUCUGGUCAAUUCAAUGGUGUGGUCAUGUGAGAUGACGGGAAAGAAUAACCUUACGUAUGCAGAGGCUUUGGAAAGUGAGAAAGCUGCCCGAAGAUCACUAAAAGAUUUCCCAAUGGAGCUCCGAAUACCAAUACUAUAUUUGGCUGCAAGGACCAAAAGGAGUUCAUUUGCAGACAUGUCAGAGGAUGUAUUUAAUUUUGUGAGAGUGAGGUUCUUUGUGGGUGAAACUGUUGAGGCCUGCCUAGAAGGUGAUUUCUGGCGAGAGGCUCAUAUAUUGUCGGUCACAGCACCCAAACAGCAUCCGGACAGUCAGGCAAUGCUCCCAGCAUCAUCUUACUGCUACGAGGUGGAGCAGUUCAGUGAGGAUCCUGAGGCAGCGGGCCAGAUCGGCACCGCGCCCUACGAUAGAGUAAGGCGACGUAAGGGCGUCUACACACGGGACAAAAACAGACUGUUCUUGAAACAGUUUGUCACACCCGGAGCUGUUAUCGGCAUUAAGAAAUCAGCAAUAGAGAAAUACAACAUAGGAAAAGUGAACUUUGACCAGAUAUUCACGGGGAAUCCCCCAGAAUUUCCAUCAUCGAAGAAGUUGUCAAAGUUCAGUAUGUCCCCGCCAUCCACUUCAAGGCUACCACACACUCCUGGCUCAGGGUCGAGAUCAGCCAAAAAACUCAGUCCCGAUAAGAAGGGACGGCAGGAGUCUAUGGAUAAAUUUGUUAAGAAAACUGAUAAAUCAGAUGGUAAAUCAAAAACCCCCAUUGAUCCUGAAGCCAGAAAAGUAGCACAAGAAAUGGCUGAUAAAAUGAGAAAAGCGGAGGACUUAAUGAGGCAACAUAAAGAAGAAGAGAAAGCAAGAAAGAAAGAGAAAAAUGCCAGACUUAUGGCAUUCAUGAAGGAAUGGCAUAAGGUUAAAGAAGACCAGGAGCUAGAAGACCAUAAGAUUAUACCAAAGGGCACUCCAGUAGAGAUAGAAGGAAUACCACAUAAAAAUUUUGGUGACUUCCUCUCAGUGUUAGAAUUUGUUCACAAUUUCUCAGAACUACUCAAACUCAAAGAUGUUUUUCACACCGAGUUUGACCUUGAAACAUUUCGGAAAUCAUUGACCUCUAAAGAACAUGCAUGGAUAUUCAGCGAGUUGGUACAGAUGCUACUAUCAGCAAUAUUCUCUUUGCAAGAAGAUGAGGCAGAGGAAUAUAAUGAAGGCAAGGGGAUUCAGGAAUCUGUAGAGGAACCUCCAGCCAUCUCGACAGGUAUAGCGCGCGCCAUAGAGCAGGCUACGCGGGCCGGGAAGUGGGCUCACACCUAUCUCGGGACACCACUCAGUAAGCUGCCCUUGGACCCGACCACGGUGUCUGAAGUGUUGAGGUUGCACCUGCUGUCGUCGGGUGGCGUGGCGGGUUCCCGCUGCCUGGCGUGGCGGCUGCAUCAACGUGGUGGGUACUCCAGCGCCGAUGACCCAGCGCUGCGCCUGCGCACGUCACGUCCACAUACUUUGAGAGCGUUACGGACGCAGCACGUCGCCGAUCUACCGCUCGAUGACAGACUCGCGAUCCUUCAGUGUCUCAUGAAUCAAAUUCUGAGUUACUCGACGGUCCGCGAGCAGGUUGAGGAGAAGUUAGAGGAAUAUAAGAACUUAAAGCAAGCCUUGCGAAUAUUACAAAUUAACGAACGCAAACGUGAACCGCAACUGUCGACCGCGCGGUCGGAGUUAAAGAGAGAGGCGGCUCAGAAGAAAGAGGAACUCAAGCUGACGGGAGAGCGGGCGCGGGCCGCGGACGAACAGCUGAAGGUGGCCAUAGACAAGCUGAACAAGGAGAGCGACGCUAAGAGACUGGAGUUUGAGAAGAAGUUGAAGGAGCUGCAGGCUCAGCUCUUUGACUAUACCACGUAUCUUGGGUCGGACCGCGCGUUCCGUCGUUAUUGGAUCAGUCGGCGCGUGGCGGGCCUGUUCGUGGAGGCGGGCCCGGAGCCCCGCGGUCCGUGCCGCAACAAGCCCCUGCCCCCGCCGCCCGCACCCCGCGACGACAUCCUGUCUUACGUCACUGAACUGUUCCACUCGGAGAGGGAGAGAGAGAGACAGAAAGAACAAGCUGGCAGCGACAAAGAGAACGAGUCCGGCGCCAACUCCCGCGGUGCCUCUCCUAAGAAACCUCUAACAAACCUGAAUGGUUUGAGCCAAGACAAGAAACCCAUCGACAGUACGGUGCAGCACUGCAGGGACAUGCUGCUGUGUACUGCUGACGUUAACACGUGUUAUGUACACGGGAAGGGUGAUUACCGACCACAAUGGUGGGUGUACCACACUCGUGACCAGUUACAGGCGCUCAUCGCGUCCCUCAACAAGCGGGGCUUGAGAGAAAGUGAACUGAAACAGGCCUUGGAGAUAGACAAGGAACAUAUAGCUGACUACAUCACCAAAUGUCCUCUCAACCUGCUAACACCCGGCCCUCCUCCUCCGACGCCGCACGUGCCGUCGACCCGCCAGCGCCGGUUCCAACCUUCCCUCACGGUACUUCCAGACUGUUCUCUGGCGGAUGCUCUGGAACUGACGCUCAGAGACCACAUUUUGGAGUUAGAGGAAAAGAUCUUCCACGGCUGUCUGGGAGCAUUGAAAGUUAAGGAGCGGUCGGCGUGGCGCGGGACCCUCAUGGUGCGCGGCUACGACAAGCAAGCGAGGUCACUGACCUGGGGCCCCGACGGACGGUUCAGGGACGACUGCCAUUUACCUGACGGACUACUGAAAUUACCUCCAGAUUUAGAUGAGACCGAGUUGGAGGGCAUCGUGGAGAACAAGUACCGCGACCCGGGACACUGUCUGGAGCCGCCCAGGGUGAAUGGGAUCAAGAUGGAGAACGGAGGGGGCGAGGCGGCCGGGGGGGAGGGGGCCGGGGUCGUGCGCUCACUGGCCAGCGCUCUGCUGCAAGUGGCGCAGGCCAUACACCACAAGUACCUGAAGAGGCCGCUCGGCCUCGACGAAAAGGAGCGCAAGGACCGCGAGGCGAAGAACAAGUCUUUGGAGCUGGAGGCGCUGCAGCGGUGGGAGGUGUCGCUGAUGGAGUGCCGCAGCUUCGCGGGCGUGGCGCUGCACCUGCUGACGCUGGACAGCAGCGUGUGCUGGUCGGCCAGCGUGCUGCACGCCAGCUGCCGCCUGUGCCGCCGCCGCACCGACCCCGACAACAUGCUGCUCUGCGACAGCUGCAACAAAGGACACCAUCUGUACUGUCUCAAACCAAAGCUCACGUUGCGUUUGGUGCGGAAGAAGGUGCCGGAAGGUGACUGGUUCUGUGAUCAGUGUAAGCCGGCGGAGAAGACGCCCAAGAAACGAAGGAAACUAUACGCCGACCCUGACGACACACUCGACGACAGCGGUGAGUCAUGUUCGAGCGCGCCGGUGGAGCUGUGCGCGUUGUGCGGCUCGGGCGGGCGGCUGGCGGCCUCGUGUCGCUCGUGCGCGAGACGCUUCCACGCGGAGUGUGCGCCCAGUGGCGGCCGGCGGGCCGUGUGCGGGGACUGCGCUAAACCUAAUAGAGAGUGCGGGCGGCGCCGGGCCGCGGGCUGCCGUCGGCGAGGCCUCUCCUCCGAUUCUGAGGACAGCGAAUAUAACACGGCGCUCGUUAAGCUGAAGACGAGGCAGCAGAAAAACGAGGAACCAGCCAGGAGAGGCAGGAAAUCUAAAGAAGUUGUCAACGGAAGUACAAAUAGGAGAUCGAAGUCAUUAAUGAAUGGUGUCAAUGGUGAUGUAGUAUCGAGUCGUAAGCGCCCUCGCCAAGAGGAAGAGUUGCUACACGUGGAAGCGCUCACACAACUGCUGAAGGAGUGCGGCAAACAUCGAGACUGCUGGCCCUUUGAUGAACCCGUCUCUACGGAAGACGUUCCCGACUACCUGAGUGUGAUCGAGCAGCCGAUGGACUUCUUCACGAUCCGCGGCAAGCUGGAAAAAGGUGCAUACACCACCGAUCAGCAGAUGUUAGACGACGUCGCGCUCAUUUUCAAAAACUGCUACACUUACAACCAAGACACACACCCUGUAGCCAAAGCGGGAGCUCGACUCGAAAAGUACAUCAUAAAGCGUUGUUCGGAACUUAAUCUACCAGCGUUGCCGGCCACCUCGCUUGAAGACAAUGAGGCUGAAGCGACGCAAGAGAAUAACGAAGAAGAGGUUACGGAAGGUGCCGGAGAAGAAUUAGACUCAGAUGACGAAGUACUCGCACCUCGAGCGAAGAGACCCAAGAUCCAAUGA